AUGUCCGACAACGACGAAUGGAUAAAAGUGCUACAAGAUCACCCCAUAUUCUCACUCCCUAAGUAUUUUGAUGACCCCCUUGCAAAGACCCCAAAUCCUUUGGAAUUAUCAACUAACACACUACCGAAAUUCACAAAUCUCGACCCUCGCGAUGAUUCUCCAAGCCCGUCAGGACGACGUCAAGUCAUGAUACUGAAGGAUGCAGAUGUUAUUGUGGCAGCGGGAAAUGAAAUAAGGUUGUCGUCAUUCGGCGACCUUAAACUAAGUCGAAGUAUUCGUAAAUCAUACAAGAUUCUCAAUACUCCGAAUAUCAAGUUUGAAAUUCAUCAAAUAUGUCUUAAUCCAAGCGGAAAGCUGUUGGCGGUUGCUGGAGCGUACCAGGUCGCCGUCGUUGUUCUACCGCGUGCAGGAUAUAGUAGACUUGUCCCUCAAGUCAUAGAUUGCAAGUCGGUUCAAGUCGGCCAAUUCUACCAUGCAGCCGAAUCAUCAGCACCGAUAGCGAAAAUCGACUGGCAUCCUUGGGGUGACGCUGGUUCAACAUUGCUUGUUAUGACUGUUGAUGGAAAACUAAGAGAAUACGAUAUGUCAAUUGAUACAGAAGAGCCCCAGCAAGUUGUGCGCUUCUUCCCGGAAAAGAAAUCGGCGACGUUUAUGGCAGAUGACAGUGCGGAAAGAGAAGUCACAUCCUUCACACUAGGGAAAGGGCGCGCAGAUUGGGGGCCUCUGACAUUGUAUGCAAUAACAAAAUCAGGCGACAUUUAUUCCAUAUGUCCUUACCUUCCCCAGAAUGCUUCAGUCCCAACGGCGUAUAUCCACUCCCUGGAGUGCUUCGUUUCGGCCAAGCAAGAAUACCUUUCUCAAACAUCAUCGUCAUCGGCCUCAAAAUAUAAUUCCAUGACUUAUGAUUACCAACAUAAAUAUGUUACAGCGUUGGUCAAACAGCUCCCUGCUGGGGCAGUUUUUCCCGCAUCCUCAAAAUCGGUUCUUGUGCAUCCUCCUUCAACGAUUAAACCGCGACCAUUACGCCAAGGUCCAUUCCUAUUGCAGCCUUCUCCUAGAAUGCUUGACGGCAGUGAAGGCGGCGAUGCUACUGAUAUCACGUAUCUUACCUUUGGGACCGGGCUAAAGAAUAGUUCCGAAGAUGACGGCAAUGAUACAGAGCAUCUUGGAGUUGUGCUUGUAUCAUAUCAAGAUGGAAAAGUUGACCUUUUCCUUGACGUGGAGAAGGUAGAAGCUCGAUGGGAUUUGAAACACGAACCCAGCCCUGACUUGCCUAUGCUUGCCGUCUACGAGAGCAUUGACCUCGGGCUAGUCAAGUGUUUAAAAGAAAUUUCACCGGAAACUGAAUCAACAGCAAUAUUGGACCUGCUCCAAGGAAACCACCCCGUACUUCUCGUUGACCCUCUUCACAAUGAUAUGAUAUAUGUUUACCACGCAUUUGGCGUACAUGCCCUGGAUGUAUCACCAGUUAUCGACAGACUUUCGUCUGCCCUGCGAGAUGACCCAGAAGACGGUUCGACAUUAAAGGACAGCCUCCAAAAACCCUCAACGACCACUGUCCGACCGAUUUUAAACACGUUCUCGGUAGAGAAAAAAUGUUCCAACCCUAUCAUAGCCGUUGCCUUGCCGAACGAUGUCUACCUCACAUAUAACAUUUUCAUGUUGACCUCGACCAUGAGACUUACCUCCAUUCCUCUGACUAUACGGUCGGCGGUUACCCCUGCAAAGUCCAAUCUCCUCAACACCGUUUCUGUCCCCGUUAACACAAGCAAAUGGCUAAAACCUCUUGAUAUGCCAUCUCCGUAUACCUGUUUGUUGGGCAAUCAAGCCUAUAAACCACCCUCGAUACUUUCUGACCCGUCUGGUCUACCAAAUUUGCCGAAACAAUCGUUACCAAGCACCUCUGGCUCGAAAGAAUUUUUGCUAACACCUGACACUCUUCGAUUCAUUGGUAAAACCGUCGCACAAAUCGGAUCACAGACCAAUGACAUACGAGCAGCUUAUCGGAUUGCAUUUGCCCGGGUAAACCUACAGAAAUCCGAACUUUCAUCUCAGAUCACCAAAUGCAAAGAGAUUCAAGAAAAAAUUGACACUAUCACCUCGACACGAAGAAAGGAAACCGAAGCACGUAUAUCCAACAUCCAGAACGAACAAAAAGCAUUACUCUCGAGACUGGAUCGAGUGCUUCAAUCCUUAAUGAAGGAAGCCUCUCCAGAAAUUAGUGAGCAAGAGAAGAAAUGGUUCGAUGAACUGAAGAGAAUGAAAAAUGAAAUAUGUGGUAGUGGAAGGUAUGACGACGAAUCGUUGAUUUCGCGAACCCGAUUGCUUGAAAGAGAGUUCAAGCGGAUCCUCCCAUCCUUACAAACCUUAGUCGAAAAGGAACAACAAAGGCAAAGGACCCAACAAGAUGCAAACAAAAACCUUGGCUUCACCCAAGCUUUCGAGUAUGGUCAACGAUCUAACAUCGAUGGUACUCGGAUAAAUAUUGUUGAAACAGAGUUAGCCAAACUGGCAUUGAAACUCGACUUGCCCUUGGGACAGCCUCCAUCGUCAGCAGCGCCGUCAUGUUAA